AAAAUAAAACAAUUAAUUAACAUAAAGGGAGAAACUAUUCUUUUAAGCGGCCAUGAAUUUUCGAAAUCAUAUUAAGGACGACAGUGGUAACAAGCAUGUUUGUCCAAACGAUAGACAAUUGGCAUUGAGAGCAAAAUUGCGAACGGGUUGGAAUAGUACAACACCCCAGGAGCCACUUAAGCCUGAGGAGCAGGCUGCGAUAAUAUCGGUAAUACAACGUAACGAGGAGAUUGAAAGUGCCGAGAGGCAACGUGUCGGUCGCCUAGUAGAGCGUGUGGAGAAAAUUAAGCAAAAAUUAAAUGCCGUGGAACGAGGACCGAAUAAGUGCCGUUUAUGCGGUGAAGCUUAUGGUUUGAUUAGGCCUCAACGUAUCUUGUGUGAAGACUGUAGAAAGGUGGCCUGUCCAAAGUGUUGUUUGGAUAUUAAUAUUCGUUAUCAUACCGUGCAAAAAAAUCGCGAAAUUUGGUUAUGUCGUAUAUGCUCGGAAACGAGAGAAAUGUGGAAAAAAACAGGAGCUUGGUUUUUCAAGGGUAUCCCUAAUUAUGAGAUACCAUCUUCCACUAGUCCAACGACUUUACGAAAUGUAUCUGCAACGGUAACCGAGGGCUUGUUAUUACCGCCGCCAAGCAGAAUACAAGGUUCAAAUUCAUCGGCGCAUAAAGAGAAGAUUAAAAAGUUAACUAUACAUGUGCGGGAUAGUAGCAGUUCGGAAGAGGAAGACGACGAAAUAGAAGAAAUGAAAAAAACAAAUUCUGAGAAAUUGGAUUUAAAAACGAAAGAGUCUACUAUAGAUGGAAAUAAUGUUAUAAGUAAAUGUGUACGUGAGGGUAGCUAUCGUUUGCGUUCCUUCGUUCCUAUACGCAAUUUUAUUGAUGUGAAGUCAGGUUCAGCCACGAACGUAGAAAAAAGGAUCUCUAAUACGUUUUUCUUUAAUAAUCGCAUGAGUUUUAAGACGGAAUCGCAAAGGCAACAGGAGUGCGAUGCAAAUUCAAUGGUAUUAGAGGAUAAUAAAAUGGAAAUUUUUACAAAUUGUGGAGAAAGACGUGGUUCAGUAACGUCCACUUGUACCAUGAGUGAUAGCUCGUCUGCGAGUUCCGCUAUCUUGGCGAAUCAAUUAAGCUCACAUUGUCGUGAUUCUCUCUUAGGUUGGUUAGAGGCAGCCAUGACAUAUCGCGAAGACUAUAAUACUUUAGAUGCGACAGUGGUUAGAGCACGUGAUCUGUUAGCGAUGGACUCAAGUGGAUUAGCAGAUCCCUAUUGUAAGUUAAACAUUAUAACGGCUGAAGGUAAACCAAAAUUCAUUCGAUGGCAGCGGACACGUACCGUUCACAAGACUUGUAAUCCCGCAUUUAAUGAAACCCUACAAUUCGUGGGAGUCGAAUCAGAAGAGUUAAGCAACGCAAUGCUUUACGUUGCCAUAUACGAUGAGGAUAAGUAUGGUAAUGAUUUUCUGGGAGCAGCGAAAAUUGCUUUAUCAUCUAUGAGCAAUGCCAAACAGUAUCGGAGUUUAGUGCCGCUAUGUGGUGAAGAUGAAUUAAGUAAUUGCGCUGAAUCGUCUCAGGAGUGGCCUCACGGCAAGGUGCUAAUUUCUUUAUGCUACAACACUAAGAAACGAGCUUUACUGGUACGCGUUAGGCAGUGUAUAAAUUUAAUACCUAUGGAUAGUAAUGGUAGUUCGGAUCCCUUUAUUAAAUUGCAACUAAAACCAGAUUUUCAUCGCAACAAAAAAUAUAAAACCAGUAUUAAAUGGCGUACAUUGAAUCCAAUAUACAAUGAAGAAUUCCAGUUUGAAGCGUCUCCUCACGAUCUCAAUAAACAGUGUUUGAUAUUAACUGUAUGGGACAAGGAUUUGGGUAAAAGUAACGAUUUCCUCGGCAGUUUAGUAAUCGGUCAUAAUAGUAAAGGCGAACGUUUACAACAAUGGCUGGAUUGUAUACGUUUGCCAGAUCACGUACAUGAGAAAUGGCAUUGCUUGUCUGGCGAUAAUCCAUUGCAUUAAUAUUAGUAAGAGUAAAGGCUUAAAAAAAAAAAAUAAUAACUGAUUCUUUAUGUCAGUCAAAACUUGACUUAAUUACAAGCAUUUAAAAAAAACAAAAAAAAAAAACAAUUUU